UGAAGUGCAAAUAUCAGGACUGUUAAAUAGGAAAAUGAUCAUUUUUUCGAGCUUUACUCAAUGCUUUUUUGAAUUUUCUUUUGAUUAAUAAAUAAUAACUUUAUCAUAUUUUCUAUUCUUGUUUGUGAUACAAUAAUUUUAUUAUUUUGUUUUUCUAUCUUUCACUAUUUUCUAAUGAUUUGGUCAAUAAUGAAAUGAGUUGUUUACCUGUAUCGGUGAUUGAACACUGGAUGAUUGCGGUCGUCGUUGAACAGGUUGUAGAAAUUCGCCAACUGUUGGCAUAUUGUAAGGUGAAAAAAGAAGUUUAAAUAAAUCACGUUUCCUCUGCUUUGGUUUUGAAGUAAAGAAGCAGAAGAAGCUAUCGUUAAUAUAGUUAAAACUUGUUUAGUAUUCUUUUGAAGUUGUAACUUAAAGGGAAAUUUUCUGUUAUUAAGCUUAGAAAUAAAAAUAUUAUUGUUAUCCUCUCCAACCUAUUAAAAUUACACUUCUUUUCGCUCUUACUCUUUCUCUACUAUUUAUUUAUCCGCAGGUAAUAGAUGGGUUUUUGUUUGUUUAUUUCAUAGCUAAUGAUCAAGUGAAUUCAAAAGGGAGAGAACCAUAAUUUACGUAGUCAAGAUACAUCUUUUGUUGGUGGUCAAUCAAUAUUCUUGGUUUUUUCCCCUUUGAAUUCAUUUUUAAUAGGUUGGAGAGGAUAACAAUAAUAUUUUUAUUUCUAAGCUUAAUAACAGAAAAUUUCAUUUUUAGAAGAGCAGAGGAAACGUGAUUUAUUUAAACUUCUUUUUUCACCUUACAAUAUGCCAACAGUUGGCGAAUUUCUACAACCUGUUCAACGACGACCGCAAUCAUCCAGUGUUCAAUCACCGAUACAGAAAAAUUCCGAAAUAAGUUCAAUCAUUGAGCGGUCGCUAUCCAAAUCCAACGGCGAACAUGUUAAUUUAGAAUUAAAAUCUGUUCCUGAAAUAUCGUCAAAGUAUAUGGGACCAUGUGGUGGAUGA